AUGGUUGGAAAAAGUUCGAUUGCCGGUGAGCAGCAGAAGCAACUUAAAAACCAAGAGAUCGAUUCUUUUAAAAUACUUCGACUUAAGGUGUCUUCCGAUAGUACUGCAUAUCAUUGGAUGUACUUGAAGGAGCACAGUACUCGAGUUCAGCACGAAUCAAAACCUCAAAAAAGAACAUUGAUGGUCAUUGCUGUUCCUCCGUUUCUCAACCGAGCUUCUAUUCAAGAGUUGUUCGAACCCUUUGGAGUGGUGGAGAAAGUCUUUUUGCAAAAAGCUCCAAGUGCCACUGCUCCUGAGGUUCCGUCGUCAGCGAAUGAAGAAUUGAGCAGUGUGGAUGCUUCUUUAACAUUCUGUUUAAGUUUCCCUUUGCGGUUGAAAAGUAGGGAUUACUUUAAGGGAUAUCGAGUUGCCUAUGUGGUAUUUAAAGAAGAGAGCUCUGUGAAGGCUACGAUGGACCACAGUGAGAAGCAUUCCAUAGUGAUGAAGAAAUUGCCACCUAAUGGUGUAGAAAGUAAUGGUUUCGAUGAGCCGAAGGCGAGCAUAGCGAGCGCUGAGCGUAAACACCUUCUUUCAGAAUGGGCAACUCUGUAUCAUCUCGAUAUACCAGAUGUUCAGGAACUGCAGAGCGUCAUUAAAGCGACAAUCGAUGAGUACGAUGAAAAGAAGAAGUUGGAGAAGGAGGAGCGCAAAGCUAAGCGCGGAAUCCCGGACGAAGAGGGGUGGAUAACGGUUACCCGAGAAGGUGUUUCAGUUGAUUUUCGUAGUACUUUGUUAACAUUUGAAUACAGAUAA